AUGUAUCUGGUGGUGCAAGACUGGUGCAUUUACCUUGCUACUGCAGAAAAAGCUUUAAAUUAUAUCCAGCUUAAUGAACUAGCAGUGGUAUCUGUUGGGGGCUGUCCAGGCCAUAAUAUUGUGGUAUGGGGAGCAUUCCACAGCUUAGGGGACCUCUACUUUGAUCAGGGCAAGCUGCAGGAGGCCGAGGAGAUGUACCAGCGAGCACUGGCAGGGAAGGAGAAGGCCCUUGGUUCAGAUCAUAUGUCUACCCUUCAGACAGUUAAUAACAUUGGGAAUCUCUACACUGACCAGGGCAAGCUGCAGGAGGCUGAGGAGAUGUACCAACGAGCACUGGCAGGGAAGGAGAAGGCCCUUGGUUCAGAUCACACGUCCACCCUUGAUACAGUUAAUAACCUUGUGAUUCUCUACUCUGAUCAGGGCAAGCAGCAGGAGGCCGAGGAGAUGUUCCAGCGAGCACUGGCAGGGUGUGAGAAGACCCUCGAUCCGGAUCACAAUCGGACCUAAUUGCUUCUGGAGAAGGUAAAUAUGUUAAGGACUGUAUAUAGAUAUUACCGGAUAACCGUCCUCAUGUGUUAAGAAAUAAUCGUUUUAUUCUGU